UCGCCGCUCCCUGGGGCCGAGCCCAGCCACUCGAUCAGCCCGCCGGCUCCGGAGCGGCUCUGCCUUCCCGAGCGCCGGACGCGGCGCCCUGGGGAAGGAGGGCGAAGCGACGCGGCGAUGGCUCUGCGGGCACUCCCGGGGUCCGCCGUCCUAGCCGCUGCUGUCUUCGUGGGAGGCGCCGUGAGUUCGCCGCUGGUGGCUCCGGACAAUGGGAGCAGCCGCACAUUGCACUCCAGAACAGAGACGACCCCGUCGCCCAGCAACGAUACUGGGAAUGGACACCCAGAAUAUAUUGCAUAUGCGCUUGUCCCUGUGUUCUUUAUCAUGGGUCUCUUCGGCGUCCUCAUUUGCCACCUGCUUAAGAAGAAAGGCUAUCGUUGUACAACAGAAGCAGAGCAAGAUAUCGAAGAAGAAAAGGUUGAAAAGAUAGAAUUGAACGACAGUAUGAAUGAAAACAGUGACACUGUUGGGCAAAUCGUCCACUACAUCAUGAAAAAUGAAGCGAAUGCUGAUGUCUUAAAGGCGAUGGUAGCGGAUAACAGCCUGUAUGAUCCUGAAAGCCCCGUGACCCCCAGCACACCAGGGAGCCCACCCGUGAGUCCUGGGCCUUUGUCACCAGGGGGGACCCCAGGAAAGCACAUCUGUGGCCAUCAUCUGCACACGGUGGGCGGCGUUGUCGAGAGGGAUGUGUGUCAUCGGUGUAGGCACAAGCGGUGGCACUUUAUAAAGCCCACCAACAAGUCCAGAGAGAGCAGACCACGGCGCCAAGGCGAGGUCACGGUCCUUUCUGUUGGCAGGUUUAGAGUUACAAAAGUGGAGCACAAGUCAAACCAGAAGGAACGGAGAAGCCUGAUGUCUGUUAGUGGGGCUGAAACCGUCAAUGGGGAGGUGCCGGCAACACCUGUGAAGAGAGAACGCAGCGGCACAGAGUAGCAGGAAUGACUUGACUUGAAGAACUCUAAGAGACUGAAAACUUACAAGAUAUGAAGUUGCCUCGGGAAUUUUUUAUAUAUUUUAUACAGUUUCUGUCAUGGAGUCAGCAGGCAUGUGAAUAAAACCUAAAAGGGAAUGUUA